UCCUCCUCUUCCCUCCCGGCUCCUCUUGUCUUCUCUCCUAUGCUUGUUUAGCCCUUCUUCCACUAUCUUCAUCCCACCGACCACUUCAUCAUGAGUACAGGCAAGCUCACCGGCGCCGCCGUCGCCGAACACAACUCCAAGGACUCUUGCUGGGUCAUUGUUCACGGCAAGGCCUACGAUGUGACCGACUUCCUCCCAGAGCACCCCGGUGGUCAAAAAAUCAUCCUCAAGUAUGCCGGCAAAGAUGCGACCGAGGAGUUCGACCCCAUUCACCCCCCAGACACCCUUGACAAAUACCUCGACCAAUCCAAGCACCUCGGUGAAGUCGACAUGACCACCGUCGAACAGGAGGAAAAGACUGCCGAUCCAGAGGAGGUGGAGCGCCAGGAGCGCAUCAGUCGCAUGCCUUCUCUGGCCGCCUGCUACAACCUGAUGGACUUUGAGACUGUUGCCCGGAGCGUCAUGAAGAAGACCGCCUGGGCCUACUACUCCAGCGGUGCAGACGAUGAGAUCACCAUGCGCGAAAACCACUCCGCCUUCCACAAGAUCUGGUUUCGUCCCCGAGUCCUCGUCGACGUCGAGAACGUCGACUUCUCCACCACCAUGCUCGGCACCAAAGUCUCCGUUCCUUUCUACGUGACCGCAACCGCCCUCGGAAAGCUAGGCAACCCCGAGGGUGAAGUCGUGCUCACCCGCGCUGCCCACACCCACGACGUCAUCCAGAUGAUCCCCACCCUGGCCUCCUGCUCUUUUGACGAGAUCGUCGAUGCCCGCAAGGGCGACCAGGUACAAUGGCUCCAACUCUACGUGAACAAAGACCGCAGCAUCACCAAGCGCAUCGUCGAGCACGCCGAAGCCCGCGGCUGCAAGGGUCUCUUCAUCACCGUCGACGCUCCCCAGCUCGGCCGUCGUGAAAAAGACAUGCGCUCCAAGUUCUCCGACGUCGGAUCCAGCGUCCAAGCCAACGGUGGCGUCUCCGUCGACCGCUCACAAGGCGCCGCCCGCGCCAUCUCCUCCUUCAUCGACCCGGGCCUCUCCUGGAAAGACAUCCCUUGGUUCCAAUCCAUCACCAAGAUGCCCAUCAUCCUCAAGGGCGUCCAAUGUGUCGAAGACGUCCUCCGCGCCGUCGAAGCCGGCGUCCAGGGCGUCGUCCUAUCCAACCACGGCGGUCGCCAGCUUGAAUUCUCCCGCUCCGCCAUCGAAGUCCUCGCCGAAGUCAUGCCCAUCCUCCGCGAACGCGGCUGGGAGAACAAGAUCGAGAUCUACAUCGACGGCGGCAUCCGUCGUGCCACAGACAUGCUCAAGGCCCUGUGCCUUGGCGCCAAGGGCGUCGGUAUCGGCCGUCCCUUCCUAUACGCCAUGUCUGCGUACGGCCAGCCCGGCGUCGAACGCGCCAUGCAACUCCUCAAGGAUGAGAUGGAAAUGAACAUGCGUCUGAUUGGCGCUACCAAGAUCGAGGACCUGAACCCGAGUCUGAUCGACGUGCGCGGUCUGACUGGUGGCCAUGGCGCCCCUGUUCCCUUCGAUACUCUAACCGUGGGCGCUUAUGAUCCUCUUCAAGCGCCUCGGUUCAGCGAGAAGGCGAAGCUAUGAUCCUAUUCCUACUACUACGAUUGCUAUGGCUAUAGAGUUGGUGCAAUUCUUUGCUUGUCUGACUCCUUUUUGUUUCACAUUGCUGGUCUGCUAUAUUGCUUGACCUGCUUGUAUAUACUAUACCCCGUUUUCUUUAGACUUGGAUUGCUAUAUCAUAAAACAUGAUUGUAUAUUUAUCAUGACCGUACUUGGGUC